AUCCAGCCCGCAGUGGGUUUGUGGAAAGUUGCAUUCAUGUGGUGCUUUAAUGGGAAUUCCUUCCCUCGGCAGUGAUUUCAGCUAACAAGGAUGUGCUCUCUGAUUUUACCUCCUCGUUCAGUUUCACUGCAAAUCCCUUUCCUGCUGAAUGCUGGGUUUACCACAGACAUAGCGUCACACAAGUCUGACUAACUAGGCUAUAAAAAGAAAUCUUAAGUCUUAAUGGCACAAACCUGACUAUACGGCAAGAGUGUGCUGUUCUGACAGCUGGACAAAAAGUGAACUGUUCACACAAAAGCUUGGAAGUGGGAGGUGGGAGUGAAAACAAAGCCAUUUCCUGUUGUUGGUUAGGCCCACUCAGGACAAAACUGGAGGAGAGAGAGGGAGAGAGAGGAAGAGAAAGAGGGCUGGCCAGGGGAAACCAAUAAGGGGAGUCUGAGGAUAAAAACCGUACGGAUCUGAAGGAAAAUGGAAAUAGUCGCAUUUAUUGUGACCAUCUUGUGCUUGUCCUCGCUUUCCUCGGGUGAGACUGGAAGCCAAGAAUCUGACAGCAAAACCCAGCCUGAGGACUCUGGCAACUCUACACUGAUACAGAAUGAUGAGGAAGAGAGGACUGAGCGAGGAGAUGGAAUGCUCAUUGAGCCAGAACCCACAUCGCCGGUGUCAGACAUGGACAAUAACUACAAUUAUGUCUUGACAAGACUAGCAGCCAUGGACCAGGCCAUCCACCGGCUAAAUGUUGGCCACUACACCCUGGAUGUUAAAGUGACCCAGCUGCUGGAGAGGAUCUCCAGGCUGGACAACAAGCUCACUGAGAUGGAGGACAGCCUGCAACAGGUGUCCCUAUUCAGCAAGGAAAACCGCAAGGAGAUAGGACGUCUGGAAGGCUGCCAGAAGGGUCGACGUGUGGGCUACAAGUGCUUCAUGGUUUACCGCGUGUACGCCACGUACGCAGACGCAGCCCAGAAGUGCCUGGAACGUGGCGGUCGGAUGGCCAUGCCGCGCGACCGCAAGGAGCAGGAGGCUCUGGCCGAGUACGUCCGCGCCGUCUUCCAGCCAGGGAACUGGCCCGUGUGGCUGGGCAUCAACGACCUCCGCUCGGAGGGCCUGUACCUCUUUGAGGACACGACGCGCGUCACCUACUUCCAGUGGCGCAAACAUUUCCUGUCCAGCCAGCCGGACGGCGGGAAACGGGAGAACUGCGUGGCCAUGUCUUCAGACGACGGAGACUGGUGGGAUAAUUACUGUGACAGGCGCAUGUAUUACCUCUGUGAGUUCGAGGCCUGAUCUACAGACUCUCACACCCUUUCCCAACGUUUCAACAACGUUUUGGUCAUAGGAAUAUAUUUGACGCUGUAGGACUCUGGCAUUAAGUUUUCAGAAGAUGUAGCCUUUAUUUAGCAACUAGUUUUAAUAAGUAGCUUUUUAAAAAGGACAUUUAUUUCCGAGUAGAAUGCUCUGAAUAAAAUGUCUCAGAGUUUUGUGUUAUAAAACAUAUUUAUUUUUCACUCCUUGUACUGUAAAACAAUUACGCACAGUAAUUCCAUAUUAUAGUGCAAUUAGUGAUUGAUAUUCUGAACAUUAUCCUUGUUGAAGCUGAAUGAUUGUAUGCCUAAAUGUAUAUACUUAAGGUUAUUAAUAACAGCUGAGCAGAGAUAGAUCAUUAUUGAAAAUGUAUUGUGAUUUCAAGAAAAAUCUUUAAGAUUAUUAUGUAGCUUUUGGUGAGGUUAGAUAUAGUCCAUACACAAAGUGAUAAUAAACAAGUCUGAUACUA